AUGAUUAGUACAAUCAUUUGGAAUAUAAGAGGAGUGGAAUCAAAAGGUGCCUUUGACAGGCUCAUCAAACUUGUUAAUUUUUACAAAGUUUCUUUUGUGGCCCUUCUUGAACCUUUUGUUCAUAGCUCUAAUUUAGAGCAAUACAAGAGGAAGUUGGGUUUCCAACAUACUAUUGCUAAUUGUAAUGGUAAGAUUUGGUGCUUCUGGGAUGCAGAUUAUACAUGUACUGUCAUUAGUAACUACAAACAACAACUGACUUUAUCAGUUCAACAUGCUAUGGUGCAGGACACCUACUGGGUAACCAUAGUAUAUGCAAAGACAAAGGCCAGGAGGAAAAAGAAAUUAUGGCAAAAACUGGAGCAGAUAAAGGACAUAAUUCAAGGUCCAUGGUCCAUGUUUGGAGACUUCAACUCCAUUAUGCAAGCCAUUGAGAAAAAAGGAGGCAGGCCUCAUAGGAUCAGGAAAAGCAAAGACUUUAUUAAUUAUAUGGAUGACUAUUGCAUGAUAGAUGCAGGUUACAUUGGUAAUGACUUCACAUGGUCUAAUAAUAGAAAGAGACGUAAAAGAAUCAGUGAGAGACUUGACAGAGUGCUCUACAAUGAUGAGUGA